AUGACUAGCGCCGCCCGUCAGCGUCUCCAAGCGCUUAGCCAGCAGCUGGUCGAGGGGAUCCCCGACGCCGGCACCUUUGAGGAUAUUCCCAAGAUCCGCCAGGUUGCGGGGGACUCGGUUGGACCUCGUGUGAAGGAUAAGGUCGCCAUUAUCACCGGCGCAAACUCCCCUCUAGGAAUCGGCCGCGCAACAGCCCACCAAUACGCCCACAAUGGCGCACGAGCAAUCUACCUCUGCGACUUCGACACCAGCCACCUAGAAACACACAAGCGCGAGCUCAACACAUUGUAUCCCUCUGUCGAGAUCCACACCCGCUCCUUCGACGCCGCCGACGAAGCGGCCGUGAAAUCCGUCGUCGACGACGCAAUAACCACAUAUAACCGCCUCGACAUCUUCUUCGCGAACGCCGGCAUCGUCGGACAGCCCAAGGUCUUCACGGAAGUCUCCGGUGAAGAAUUUGCGGAAACGCUACGGGUAAAUACAGUCGGAGUCUUUUUAGCCGCGAAAUACGCCGCGAUUGCGAUGAAUAAAACCUCAAAGGAGAAACCAUACCCAUCCGGCAGCAUCAUCGGAACAGCCUCCGUCGCGGGACUGCGCUCAAACGCAGGCUCAACGGACUACAGUGCGAGCAAAGCGGGCGUGGUCUCCAUCGCGCAAACCGUCGCGUUCCAGCUGGCGGGCACGGGGAUAAGGAUUAAUGCGAUUUGUCCGGGGGUCAUUGAGACGGGGAUGACGGCUCCGAUGUAUAGUGCUGCGAGGGCGCGGGGCACGGAGAGGAAGAUUGGGCAGUUGAAUCCGUUGCAGCGGGGCGCUGUCUCGGAUGAGGUUGCGCGUGUCGCGCUAUUUUUGGGGAGUGACGAGAGUAGUUAUGUUAAUGGGCAGGCGUGGGCGGUUUGCGGGGGGUUGAGUGCGGGGCAUCCGUUUGUUCCUGGGAAACUUGCCUAG